AGUGUAUAUAUAGAGGAGAUAUCCCCCAUUGUUCCAGUCUUCUUCUCUUGCUUCUCUUUCCGGCAAGCACCGCACCGAACCAUCUUUCAAUUAUAUUAAUUAUACAUACAUCUUCGUUCCUUGAUCGGUGGAGACAUGGCGAAAAAGAGAAAAUCGGUGGAGUCUCGUCUCGAUGAAGUGGAUCGUACCAUGUACUCCACCUUCUGCACCACCGCUAAUUCCCUCUCUCAUCUCUAUACCCACGCCAUGAAUCAACAAAAACUCUCCUUUCAAGCCGGUGAACGCCACGCUCUUGAGAAAAUGUAUCAGUGGAUUCUUAGACAGCAACAAGAAGGAAUGAGGGUCACUACUAUUGAUAUUGUUUCUCACUUGCAGAAUGAGCUUGAAUACGGAGCAGAGGAAUCACCAGUUUCUCCAAGGCAGUCAAUUCAACAGAACUCCCAAACAGCAAUUCAAACUAACUUCGCCGCAUCCAUACCAUCCAAUGCAUUUGGAAGUACUGUUGCAGGACAGGGGAUACGAACUGGGCAAACCGAUCAAGUAAAGAACUCAGUAUUCUCAAAUGCACUCUCUAGCCCCAUUCGUCGCAGCCUUCAGCCAUAUCAUUUAGCACAGGGUAGCAAUCCUUCGAGUAAUGUCAUGUCAUCAGGGAAUGGAACCCGUAACAAUGAAAUGGUGUAUCCUAGUGGCCAGAACAGAGAUACAAAUUCGUCCAACUCCAGUGAUUGCAUGGACAUGCAUGCAGACAGUCCUGGUCAUGAUUUUCCAUACUGAUUUGAUCAUAGUUAGAGUGGGUAACAGUAAAGAGAAGGUCAUUUGUGAAAUCUAUGUUCAUAAAUGUUUGGUGAAAAAUUGUAAGAUUAUUGUGGACAGACUUCAAUGUGUUUGUGUGCCAUUGUUUUCCAGUUUGAAGCUUCGAACAUGAGUAUACUUUGUUAGAAGUUAUUGAAAGAAAAAAAAAUGCUGGCCAUUACAUAGCAUAAAGUCUUAGUAGUGGGUGAUAUUUGCUUCAGAUUUCGCAAGGCUUAGGUCUUAAACUGCUAAAAAAAAAUACUCUAAUAUCGAUGUUUGUAUGUAUAUAACUUCAAUUUACUUCCAAAAAUAAAAAUUGUAAUGAAUUAAAAUUA